CAGAAAGAGGUUUGGAAGGCCAGAAAAGCUGUUUAAAUUGGCAGUUUUCAGUUGUGGCUGAGAGCAACAUGGCAGUUGAAGAUUUAGCACCCCAUAGGCGUCCUUUGGUUGCUAUUUCUUCUCAGCUUGUCCGUUUUUUUCUUCUUCUACAGAGGAGAAAGUACAACCAUUUUUUUUACCGAAUUUGGGUCAAUCUGGGACAGGAAACCCUCCCCUUAACCAACCGAUGAACUGCUUCUAUGAAUACAGUAAGCAGGGCAUUUGAUUUUACUUAUUUCCAGAGGUGGGGAACUAUGGCUCCUUUAUGAACUGGUGGAUUUCAACUCCCAGAAUUCCCGAGGCAGCCAUUCUGGGAGUUGCAAGUCCACAAUAGUUCCCCACUCCUGAUUUAGGCCUCAGUUGAGACACCCCGGUUGAGUUCACGCAAAAGGAUCAUCAGAGAUUCUGGAAAGUUGUCGUUUUUCUUGCGCAGAUGGUGUGGUAGGGUAGGCAUUGGGAUAAUUCCACACUACGUCAUGUCUCUGUUAGUAGGAACCUGGCUUAUUUAGGGAUCUUGGUUUGUUGUCUCCUUUCUCGUCCAUGCUUGCAAAACUAAGCCUGUGCAUUUGCAAUGAUUUCCAGUAGGUUUCCAAGUGUAAUUCAGAGUGCUAGUUUUGAACUCUUAAUGCCUUGAGUUGUGGCCAACACCGGGCUCACCUGAAGCAACCAAAUCGUUUUGAAGAUACAGUAUAAAUUUAUUAGCGUGCAAACAAUAAGACAGAGCUAAGCAGUGCUAAUCAAAAGCAAUGCCAGAGUUUAUAAAUCUUUGCCCCCCCACUACAUUACAAAGACAAGGCUAAGGCAGAGACAGGAUAAGUGAUAACAUGAUAUUGGAAUGUUUUUGAUAAGGCCAUCUGGGGGCCUUCUUUUGAAAUACUAGGUCAGCGUGCUACCCUUACUAUCUUUCAAAUAUGGAGAGGGAAUAUCAACAAUUUGAUUUACUGAGUCACGGGUUCCUGGCUGAUUCUUGUUCCACUCACCACUCAAGGUCAAUUAGGCUUGAGUGGUUGUGCAUAUCUUCUUACAAGGGCAUGUUAAGCAGUUCUCAGGCUUGGAGGGACAUCUGAAGGUCUAUUCUGAAUCUAUUCUGAUGGCAGAAGAAGGUCUCAGAGACAUGUCCACUACCCUUGACACCCACAUGUCUCCAAGACCACCACCUGCAAUCAGAAUAGGUCAUUUCUGGGAUGUUCUUUCCAGCAGGAACUUGUGGUGGCUCUCAGGUUCAACAAGGGAGGAGCUAAGGACCAACAACAAAACUCAGUUUACCAGUUAGGACACCAGUUGUGUGGGAGAGCCUCCCUUGGAAAUUAGAUUAUUCCCUCCACUUUUUUUUUUUAUUAGAUGUGCAGAAGUUGGAAAAAACCAGUCUUCUUCCAGGAGCGUUAGAGCACUGCCAGUAACUCGAACCGCAGUACUCCCACUUGCUCCCCAGUCCUGCGCAAACGCUCCCGGUCUCCCACGCCACAGGACCCCCAAGGAGAUACCAUGGUGGAGAAGGGGUCAGAUCAUUCUUCUGACAAGUCUCCUUCCACGCCAGAGCAAGGCGUGCAGCGAAGCUGUUCCUCUCAAUCCGGUCGUGGUGGCACCAAGAAUUCUAAGUAUGACAGAUUAAACCUGAUCAAAAAAAGCCAGAGUUGGUACAAUCAUGAAAGACAACACAUCCGAAGAGUGUUGAGUCCAACCUACAAACAACGGAAUGAAGACUUCAGGAAACUUUUCAAGCAGCUUCCCGAAACAGAGCGCCUCAUUGUUGAUUACUCCUGUGCACUUCAAAGAGAUAUUCUCUUGCAAGGUCGACUCUACCUCUCUGAAAACUGGAUAUGUUUCUACAGCAACAUCUUCCGCUGGGAAACCUUGCUGACCGUCCGUUUGAAGGACAUCUGCACCAUGACCAAGGAAAAAACUGCACGGCUCAUUCCUAACGCUAUCCAAGUUUGCACAGACGCUGAAAAGCACUUUUUCACUUCCUUUGGUGCCCGGGAUAGGACGUAUAUGAUGAUGUUUCGCCUCUGGCAGAACGCCCUCCUUGAAAAGCCCUUGUGUCCGAAGGAGCUCUGGCAUUUUGUACAUCAGUGUUACGGCAAUGAACUGGGGUUGACGAGCGAUGAUGAAGACUAUGUUCCUCCUGAUGAAGAUUUCAACACCAUGGGUUACUGUGAGGAGAUCCCAGUGGAAGAAAAUGAAGUCAAUGACAGCUCCUCCAAAAGUAGCUCAGAGGUCAAAGCUGAAGUGAGCCCUCAGCUUCUCAAGAAGUCAGUUACCAACAGUAGCAUGUUGACCCCUUCAUCAAACAAUGAAGCUCCAAUUCCGUACGAAGGAAUAGUUCCUGAAGAAGAAGAGAUUCUGGACACACCAGCCGAGAAGGAGAUGACAAUUGCAAAUCUCAUUGGAGACAAGAUUGACAUCAUUGCCCCUGUGAAUUCUCCUUCUCUGGAUUUCAAUGACAAUGAGGACAUUCCAACUGAACUCAGUGAUUCCUCUGAGACUCAUGAUGAAGGUGCUUGGCUGGCAUCCACAGGGGAGGUCCAGGCCUUUUAUGAAGAUCUGAAUGGGCGACAGUAUAUGAAUGAAGUCUUCAACUUUAGCGUGGAUAAGCUCUAUGAUCUGCUGUUCACAAACUCUCAGUUUCUAAGGGAUUUCAUGGAGCAACGGCGGUUUUCUGAUGUUGUUUUUCAUCCAUGGAAGAAGGAAGAAACUGGCAAUCAAAGCAGAGUUAUUCUCUACACCAUCACGCUCACCAACCCCCUGGCUCCAAAAACUGCCACCGUUACUGAAACUCAGACAAUGUACAAAGCAAGCCAAGAAAGUGAGUGCUAUGUUAUAGAUGCUGAGGUGCUAACUCAUGACGUUCCCUACCACGAUUAUUUCUACACAAUUAAUCGUUACACAUUGACGCGUGUUGCCAGGAACAAAUGUCGACUCAGGGUUUCUACAGAGCUACGUUACAGAAAACAGCCAUGGGGACUAGUGAAAUCCUUCAUUGAGAAGAACUUUUGGAGUGGUCUUGAUGACUAUUUUCGCCACUUAGAGAGUGAAUUGACCAAGACCGAGAGUUCAUAUCUAGCAGAACUUCACAGACAGUCACCCAAAGAGAAGGCGAACAAACAAUCCUCAGUCCGGCGGAGGAAACGACCCCAUACACAUUUGAGGGGUCCUCAUCUGGAGGAAGUACUGAGCCCUGUUACCACUCCCACAGAUGAGGAAGUUGUAGGUCGAAUCAAGCGUGUGGCAGGUUCCACUCAAACACGGCAUAUCCCUGAAGAAAGUCCCAGCAGCUUCCACAUGCAGAAUGUCUCCAAAUUGCUGCUUGUUAUUAGUUGUGUGAUUUGCUUCAGUUUGGUGCUUUUGGUCAUCCUGAAUAUGUUGCUGUUCUACAAGCUGUGGAUGUUGGAAUACACAACUCAAACCUUGACCGCAUGGCAGGGGCUACGUUUACAGGAAAGGUUGCCCCAAUCUCAGACUGAGUGGGCCCAGUUGUUAGAGUCCCAGCAGAAAUAUCAUGACACAGAGCUCCAAAAAUGGCGAGAGAUCAUCAAAUCAUCAGUGGUUCUCUUAGAUCAGAUGAAGGAUUCCCUCAUCAACCUUCAGAAAGGCAUUGGCUCUCGCGAAUAUCGGUCCGAGUCGGAGGAGAAACGGAAACGGUUCUACUAGCAGGCGGGAACACAUGUGGCCAGAGGAUUGCGUGCAAUAUAUGUACAUAGAGAAUGAAUAUCAUCACCGAGAAAGGGCCAGAAUGUGAUGGAGGAAUUGGGCUUUUCCAGCACUGAGGCAUUGUGGGAAAAUCCACUCCGGCCCUCCUGGAUUCAUGCAUCUUUCUUGGAUUUUCCUGGCUCUUUGUUUAUUUGUCUGCCUCUCUUGAGCGGGAGCGGGGAAGACGUAGGAAGCCAUGAAACCCUCCUUUGGAGCUGACCCUUAACUAGUCUUGGCACAAAUGGCCUAUUUGUUCUGGCAUGGAGGAACUGUUGUGUUACUUUUUUCGGCAAGAAUGCGGUUGGCCGGCUUCCCCGGGCGAGUCUUCAAGACGGCUGCCAAACAGAGCAUUGUUGCUUGUUUUCACAGGAUCCCUUUGCGGGAUUUCUCUUUUGUUGGCAAGUGGACUUGGCACAUGCUUCCCCCCCACCCAUGCUGCUAUACUUCGGCGGAGAGUGGCCGCCCCAUUGUGUGACCGGAUGAGUUUGUUUGAGGAGAUAGACCGGAAGCUGUUGUGUGCGUGGAAGGGCCUUAUGUUCAGCUCACUCAGGUGCUAACUCCCUUUGUGAAGGAUGAGUUCUGUUAGGGGUGGCCAACUAUGGCAACUUUGCAACCUGUGGACUUCAGUUCCAGAAUUCUGGCUCAGGAAUUCUGGGAGUUGAAGUCCUCAGCUCAUAAAGUUGCCAUCGUUGGCCACCCCCGAGUCAUGUUUUGUUCCUCUCCUUGUUUCAGCUUGAAGGCAUCUUCUCUGUCUGUUGAAUCCUUUGACCUUUGCAGCUUCAAGUAGUUACUCGAGAGAGCUGUUGCUCUGCUUAAAGGGCUAUCUGUACUUGCAGAGAUACCAAUGGAGAUCCAGAUCAAGGGAGCUUCUUCUCAUGUAUAAAUGUCCAAGCCUUCCUACAGCAAAACAAAACAAAAAGGCAACAACAGAUUGAGCUACCACCCAAGAACAUGUCUCAGCUCAGCAAGGGGCUUAAAACAUCUGUUUUGAAGUCUUUGUUCCAAAUUUUGUAUUUUAUUUAAGCUUGUGUCUUGUUUCUUGUACUCAUGGAGAGUUGUGGAAGAAGCCUAAAGAGAAAUAAUUUGGCUUCUAGUAGUGAGAGAUGGGCUUUACCCUGAUGUGUCUGUCGGCUUAGGCCAUGGCAAGUCACUGUGCAUUCACACAACGGUUCUUGUAAAAGUCUGAAGGAGACUUCUGGGGAUACAUUCAGCAAUUGUCUGAUGUGGACUCAGACUCCAAAUUCAAGGACGCAUGUUGAUGCUUUAAAGCAGGGGUGUCCAACCUUGGCAACUUUAAGAUCUGUGGACAUGCUGGCCAGGGAAUUUGGGGAGUUGAAGUCCACAAAUCUUAAAGUUGCCAAGGUUGGACAUACCCCCUCCCCUUUAAGAAAGGCCUUCUUGGUGGUCCCUAGCAAUCAAAGGCCAAAGCAUGGCAGCCCAGCAAAACACAGACCUAAGAACAUUUGUUGGCUGAGCCUUGAACAAGAAAGUACUAAAGUGUUCUAGUUUUAGGACUUUUCCUUGAAAAAAAUUCCUUGAAAGAAUUCACCAAACAAUGAUGCUGUCUUUGUGGAUUUGGUCAAAGCAACAUUUCUCUAACUGGGAAAUGAAGCAAACUUGAAGAUGGUUUGUGGGCGGUAGGUCAGUUUUGUCGUGCAAAAAGCAAUAUAGUUUUCUAGAAGGCCAAAGCUGAGCAUGGAAUUUCUCUGCCUCCUAGUGAAAAACUAGAGGUUUCCAGGAAAGAAAUAGAAUGAGAUUUCCAUCUUUCAGGCUUCAUCUUGAUGGUGAGCCUCAGUGUUUAACUGUUCUGCACUAAAUAUCAUCUUUUUGGGGCAACUACGAUCAGUAUAUUGCUUCUAUGUAGAUUAUCGACCCAGAAAGAGAAAUCAUACUUGGCAUGAAUUCUUUAUCUGAAUUGGGCCUUGUUUGUGAUGAAAGUUGCCAUCUUCUCUCCACACACCGUUGAAAGAUAAAAAGGAGCAAACAUUAGCCAAACCACAAUCUCCUCCUCCUUGAUUGACUAGUAGAGGCACCACAAGAGAGCCUCAAAACCAGACAGCCAAGCAGGUCAGCCCAAGGCAGAAUCCAUUUCUAGACGUUCUCCAUAUUUCCAGGAUGUUGAUCAACACAAUUGCAAGGUAUCUACUUUGGCACCCAAGCUGUACGAUUUUACACGGGAGCAAAUGCUCAACAGGUUGGAAGUGAAUGAAACUGAGUUUUUUUUUUUAAACAUGCUCCAGUGGACAAGCAGAAAAGCUGUUUCUUCAUGAAUUUGAUUUGCUUUUUUGUUAGUUGGCUGGGCUAACUGGCAAGAGAUAGCAAGCAGAGACAAAUAUUGCAAUAGUCAAGAUUCUUUAGGAAGCCAGAAUGGCUGAUGGUCACCAGUAGGAGAAAAGUCCGAGGGUAGCCGAGAGGACUGUUGACAGUAAAUCUAGGAGACUUUAACUUGUGGGAAGGAUUGCUUAGAUUAAUUUAUUGCAUAAAUAUAUAUAUUUUGUACAGCUCUGCUGAUUGGCAAUCUUUGGGGACGUAUUUGCUGCUUGUUGAAGGGGCCUUGAAUCUUUUCUUGGUGAUUAUAGUCAGGCUUGGGAUCCACGAGUGCUUUUCAUUCAAAAUGGCAGAAGUCUCGGAUGAAAUUUCUCCUCAAGGCAAGAAAAGGGAGGAGCAAAUGUGAGCUUUGACUUCCCAAAAACGUAACAAGGGUGUUGUGCAUUACUGUUAUUUAAACAAAAAUAUUUUCUUUGAAAGGGUGGGCGGGCACAAUGGUUUGCAGGACAGACUGAAGAAAAGCGUUUUAGGGUAGCAUUUUUAUUUUGCGUGAUUUUUAAGAGACAUUGAAGAGAACUCGGGAUUCGUGGUAACCGAGUGUUUAACAGACUCACCCCAACAAAAUGUAUUCCCCCGUUUUCUUUUUCCCAAGAAAGUCUCAAAACUCUCUCUUUUUUGGGGGUGUGGGUGGGGUGCAGCUGCCUUGUUUUUAAUCCCUCAGAGUUUUGCCCAUCAGCCUAAACUGGUUUUUUUGCUCCGUUUGGAAUAGAGUUAACGGUAGGGGAGAUGUUCAGGGUUUUAAAUACACCUAUCGGAAAGUGGAUUUUGCUUAGUUUAUAUGCAGGAUUAAAAUGCAGGAGACCUCUACAUGUGUGAAAAGGACCUGGGUCUCUCUCUCAAUUCGUCAGUGAAGAAAUUUAUUUGCAUGAAGAGGAAAAAAAAAAAAAACCCUCUGCAUGGCUGUUUGUCCUCCCUGGUUGAAGUGAAUUAGGCUGUGGUUGCAACUGGGUCAGAAAGAACUUCCCUGUGUCAUUCAGAAAGGACAAUUUGGGUGGGGUGGGGUGGAGAGACUUAAGAAGCAAAUGCCUCUAUGUUCUCGAAUCCACUGUAGCUCAUUUUGUUUGUUCCUUUGCCUGAGCCCAAGGGGUACACUCCACAAACAAGGAAUGUUAUGUUUUAUUUGUUUUAACCAAGUUUAAGCCUGUUUUGCAACGUUUCAUCUCUCCCCCAACCCCCCCCCAUCUGUCCUGAUCCUGACCUGGUUACCUGUAACUAAUUUUGUUACAGACAUGUCAAACUCAACUGCCUUGGCUUCUCUUCACUCUUGUUGUGGGUCGCCCAUCUUUCUCGUUGUCGGUGAGAGUUGUGGUCAGCAAAUUCAGCCCCUUGGUUUUUUGUUUUUUUUUUUUUGUCUAUGCAUUCCACACCAGUAAGCUGUCCUGUUAUGGAAGGGCUUUGCCAAGGGACACUUGGUAUCUAGAAAUAGUUUCUGUGGUCUCUUUCCUUCACUUCCAGCUUUGAUUUCUAGGCUGUGAAGUCCAGGGGUUGCAUUUUAACAUAGCUGACCAUUCCCUUUGGCUCCUGCAGCAGUCAGUCCAUAAAAAUCCAUUGUUGGCUUCUCAGGUUUGUAGCAGAGGUAACAAGGACUUCUUCUGCUGUGAGACUGGGACCUCCAGACUUUCAGAAGGUCUUGGUGAUACCUUCGUAUUCCCUAACGAUCAAUGUUCUGGUGUGAAUCUUUUGUUUCCUCAUGCCCAUGCGUUCUCCCGAGGCUGUUCCUCAUGCUCUGCUCUCUGGCUCAUGCUGGUGGAAGCACAGAUGACUCUUCUUCCUGUGCCAUUCAUCCCUAGAUGUGCCAAUCAGCCAAAUGAAAGGGUUAACUGUCACAGCUGCAGCCACCCACCGUGCUUAUUGAGGACACAUUCUCCUUCACCCCUUUCUUGAACACAGCAACAUGGGACAGCUGUUGGCUCCUUUAGGAUUCUUGCCCUCUGUGGCCUGACUUGAUGCUAAGAGUUUUGUCUUCAGGCCAAUGGGGCAUCCUGGAAUGGUAAGGAGGAAGGCAAGUUCUCCCCUUCUUUAUCACCCUCAAUCUGUUGCUCUUUCUGACCACGGCUGUUGUGAAGACGAUGGUGGUGAUGGUGAUUCUCAAUGUUUACAUUACCUCAUUUUACUUUGGGGCAGUUGAGGUGUGGUACCACGGGAUGCUCUGGGGAUUUUUCUCCGUGGGUCAAAUUCUCCUAGUGAUGCUGAAGUCUUUGGGACAGAUUUGGGGGGAACUACUCCAUUUCCAAUAAUCCAGCUCCAAAACAGGAACACGUAGCCAUCUCAUAAUAGUCCCCUGCAUGAAUAAGGAUGGUGGGAAUCCACCCAUCUCUCUUCUUCCCUCCCUUUUUCUCACUUUAAGCAUGACAUUUGGGACAAAGUCCCCCCCCACAACUCAUAUUCUUAAGCUGCCACUUUUCUCCAGCUACUUUUCGACUCCCUAAAGAGAGGAAGAUUUUUUUCAAAAGGAGAACUUUAAAGGGACUGGACAGAAGGCCAAGUAAUAUAUCCUUUCCCACUUUCCCUGCAUUCAUUUCAGAUGGGAGGAUCUGGGACAAUUACAGCAUAAUUCUGGAGCCAAGCCACAUGCUAAAGAUCCCUUCCCCCCCAAACCUCUCCCCCCCGAUUGUGUGUACGCGUGUGUGAGGUUGUGUGCGCAAGUGUGCGUGUGCAUAGGAUCUGUCUGUGCGAGUCUGUCUCUCUACUAAACUUUGCGCUGUGCGCGAGGUCUAAUAUAAGUUGAUUACAAAAAUAAAAACAAAAAAAAAAACAGAAAAUCAUCAACCACCACAAAGCUUGACUUGAUAGAAGCUAGGAGUUAUCAAGGCUACAAAGCCAAAAUCUUAAUGUAAAGUAGCUAGACAAAGAAAUGGAAUAAAAAGUAUGAAUAAAAUAUAAUGAACAGAA